UGUUUUAAUUGUAAUUAGUUUUUAUUACAACCUACACGGUGUACUAAGUAAUACUGCUGUUAUGGAUUGAUAGAAAUAUUGGUGCAAUUUAGCCGCAGUGGCAGAUUCUUAGCCAGGUUAGCUGAUCAACAAAGAAAUGUUACUUGCGUAUCCAACGAACAUAUUCAGGUUCAAGUCGAUACAAAACAGAAAUCCUGCUUAAUGAAUGAGGUUAUACGGUCAAUAAACCAAGUAUGUGGACUACAGAAAAAAAGAAACAUCUUAAUGCCUGCUCUAUCUUUUUAGUUGUAGCAGCAACGCGUCUGUGUCGUGUUUAUUAGCUUUAGCCUCCACAUUUAUUUGGUGUUACAGUUUUAUGGUGUAGGUACAUGCUGAAAACAUAAAUAAAUCUGAUAUUCCACGUCGAGGUUGUAAAACUUUCAGUUAGUGCUACGUGUCACUCUUCAUUUAGUUGGAAAAACAGGUCUGGUCGGUUCGUCAUAAAUGAUUUCUCAAGAAGGCCUUGGAAAUGUCCUCGUUCUGAAUAGUAUAAAAGAAAAUCUGCCUUUUAGAAAAGCACUGGAACUUGAAUAGGUGUGCCAGUGGAAAAAAAAUCUUUGGUUAUUUAUCAUAUCAGCUAUUUUUAUUUUUGAUGUAUUCUGAAGAUUUCACGGUGCAUUUUUUUGUGUGUUUUCUAUUGAACUAUAACAAAUUUGUGUUUGUAAAUUUCCAUUUGUUGGAUGAUUUAUUUCCUUCGAUUUAAAUUAAAAUCUGUAAAAUAGUGGUGUCUAAAGAUCACACAAAAAUUGCUCAGUUAAAUGUAAAAUAUUUUUUACAAAGUGACUUGAGAUGUUGAGCAAACGCUGGCAGUUAUUCUGCUGUAAUAGUGAUUGCAAUAAAAACAAUUGCACUUUAAUUAAGUCUUUUACUCAGCUAAAAGGUUUGGUUAAUUUGUUUUAGAAAUUUAUUUUCACAAUUAAUAACACCAGCAGAUAGUAGUUUGUGUCAAAUUAAAAAAAAAAGUUGGUGUAUUUUUUGAAUUGCAACAUAUUUGCUAACUAGUCUAAUUGACAUAUAUAUUAAUGUUUUUGAUGGAAACAUCAAAACAUAUGAAUGUUUUGAUGCACAGGCUUAUUAUGCGGGUGUGUGCAUAUGCAAACUCAUGAUUUUUGAAAUAUUGAAAAACAUUAAGGGUGGCUUAUUUAUUUAACAAAACCAGCUAAUCAUCUUGAGUGAAAUUUAGCAGUUUUCAAUUUUUUGCGAUAAAUCAUUAUUUUUAUCAUCCCUGCUCUGAGCAUCUUGCCCUUGAUAAACUACUAGUAACUACAUUUUGCUACAGUAAAGUCUCUUCCUAUAAUAGAACAUGGUGUAAAUUACUGGUUGUACGAAACAUUCCUGUGGUUUUUAGCAUGGAAGCUCCAGUAAGAGUCAGUCUCCCUUUUCUACCAAAAGAGAGUUUGAUACAAAAUGACCAAAAUUGUAAAACUUUUUAGUGAAGGGGGAAAAUGGAAGAAACAAUUUAUUUGACUGUUUAAAAACCAAUGUCUAAUUCAUAAAUUUUUUAAUAGUACGUAGAAUUUCUAAUUAGGGAUUAGAAAUAUCCAAGGAACAGCAUUUAGACGUAUGUAGGUUCUUAGAAAUGAUGUAGCAUUAUGAUAGUUACUCUGCUCCUUUCUCCACUUCUUUGAAGCACUUUAGAGUUUUUAUCACUUUCUGCUCACAACAUUUAAGGAUUUUAUUAAUUUUUAUAUGAAUGCUAACACUAUGCAAUAAUUUCAUCUGCCUAAAAAAGCUGUUUCUUAUUAAACAUUUUCUACCCUCUUUUAAAGUUUCAGGCUUGCAUCCAGAGUUCUGAGACUUUUUUUUUCUUGACCUCGUCAUUUACUACUGUUGUGACUUCAUCUCCGGUUUUCAGAUUACAGAUUUACAGAUCUUUGUCUAAAUUAAGGAAUUGGCCUCCAAUGGACUAAGUGUAUGGAUUUGGAAGAGGACCGUUUCCACAGCUGUUUCUGAAGCAAGAGGUGCACUUACAGUCUGCAGUUGCCCCUAUUCUGUGUCAGCAGUGCUAUCCAGUCAUUCAACAUGUCUGACGGCCGGAUCUAUGUUGGAAAUCUCCCCAUGGACGUCCAGGAGAGAGACAUAGAGGAUCUCUUCUUCAAAUAUGGAAAAAUCCGAGAAAUAGAAUUGAAGAAUAACAGAGGAACUGUUCCUUUUGCCUUCAUCCGGUUCGAGGAUCCACGGGAUGCUGAGGAUGCUGUCUUUGGAAGGAAUGGAUAUGCAUAUGGGAACUCCAAGCUACGUGUAGAGUAUCCUCGAUCCUCUGCUGCCAAAACUGGUCCAAUGGGAGGUUUUGGAGGAGGAGGACAGAGAGGAAGGUUUGGACCCCCAACUCGAAGAUCCGAAUUUCGGGUCAUAGUGACUGGGUUACCAUCUACUGGAAGCUGGCAGGAUCUGAAGGAUCACAUGCGAGAAGCAGGAGAUGUUUGUUUCGCAGAUGUACAGAGAGACGGCGAGGGCGUAGUGGAGUUUCUCCGUAGGGAGGAUAUGGAGUACGCGCUACGCCGACUUGACCGGACAGAGUUUCGUUCGCAUCAGGGUGAGACCUCGUAUAUCCGAGUUUACGAGGAGAGAGGCGGUGCCAACUGGGGUCGUUCACGUUCUCGUUCCAGAUCCCGAGGCCGCUAUUCUCCUCCAUAUUUUAACAGAGGAUCUCCCCCUCGCUACCCGUCACCUCCACGCCAUCCCAUGUUAAGGCAUAGUCCGCCUCCGAGGAGGCACCUCCCACCUCACCAUAGCCCACCUCCACGUCAUUACAGAUAGAGGCGUCAGUACUUACGCAAUGUCUGGAGGAAAUAUUUCAAACUUCUGCAUUUUUUACCAUUUUGUCUGUUUUACUUCAGACAUCCUCGUCCCUAUUUUGGUAUAAAUGCAUUCCAUGGCCAGAAAACCCACGACAGCCUACUCUUUCUGCAGCCUUUAAGAUUUUUUUUUUCCUGUUUUUAGUUUUAGUUAUUUCAAAAUAGGGUUGGCAAUUUUUAAGUUGACAUUCUUUUGUCUACUUUGGUACUUAAUUUCUUGGCUGUUCACAAAAACCUAUUCAGACUUGAUUUCGUGUUGUUGAAUUGAUCAAAUUUAUUUUCCCACUUUAGAUUUUCUUUUUUUUUAGGAGUUUUGUAUUUUUUUCUCUCAACGAUGUUAAUCAUUUGUGAGCCUUUUAGCUGUUGCCUGGGAGACUGUUUUUUUUCUUUUAAUGUGUGAACAAUGGAUUAAAGUGACCUGUGGGUUGA